AUGAGCGGGGGCGUCUACGGGGGAGAUGAGGUGGGGGCGCUCGUCUUUGACAUUGGCUCCUUCUCAGUUCGAGCUGGGUACGCUGGGGAGGACUGCCCCAAGGCUGACUUCCCCACCACUGUGGGGCUGCUGGCCGCAGAAGAGGGGGGUGGGCUGGAGCUGGAGGGGGAGAAAGAGAAGAAAGGGAAGAUUUUCCACAUCGACACCAAUGCCCUGCACGUGCCUCGGGAUGGAGCGGAAGUCAUGUCGCCCCUCAAGAACGGCAUGAUUGAGGACUGGGAGUGCUUCAGAGCCAUCCUGGAUCAUACCUACAGCAAACAUGUCAAGUCCGAGCCAAAUCUGCACCCAGUACUCAUGUCGGAGGCUCCGUGGAACACACGGGCCAAGCGGGAGAAGUUGACAGAGCUGAUGUUUGAGCAGUACAACAUUCCUGCCUUCUUCUUAUGCAAGACAGCCGUGCUCACAGCCUUUGCAAAUGGACGCUCCACAGGCCUGGUACUGGACAGUGGGGCCACCCAUACUACAGCCAUCCCAGUCCACGAUGGCUAUGUCCUACAGCAAGGCAUUGUCAAGUCACCCCUGGCAGGGGACUUCAUCUCCAUGCAGUGCCGGGAACUCUUCCAGGAGAUGGCUAUUGACAUCAUCCCUCCUUACAUGAUUGCAGCCAAGGAACCUGUACGCGAGGGAGCCCCCCCAAACUGGAAGAAGAAGGAGAAGUUACCCCAAGUCUCCAAGUCCUGGCAUAACUACAUGUGUAAUGAGGUGAUCCAAGACUUCCAGGCCUCCGUGCUGCAGGUGUCUGACUCCCCCUAUGAUGAACAGGUGGCUGCACAAAUGCCCACUGUGCACUAUGAAAUGCCCAAUGGCUACAACACAGACUAUGGCGCUGAGAGACUUCGAAUCCCUGAGGGCCUGUUUGAUCCCUCCAAUGUCAAGGGGCUGUCCGGGAACACCAUGCUGGGAGUGGGUCACGUGGUUACCACCAGCAUCGGCAUGUGUGACAUUGACAUUCGCCCGGGUCUCUAUGGCAGUGUCAUUGUCACUGGCGGGAACACUCUGCUUCAGGGCUUCACAGACAGGCUUAACCGGGAGCUUUCCCAGAAGACCCCACCGAGCAUGCGGCUAAAACUCAUUGCCAGCAACAGCACCAUGGAACGAAAAUUCAGCCCCUGGAUUGGGGGCUCCAUCUUGGCCUCACUGGGCACAUUCCAGCAGAUGUGGAUCUCCAAGCAGGAAUACGAGGAGGGAGGGAAGCAGUGCGUGGAGCGGAAGUGCCCCUGA